AUUAAUAUUCAUAAGAGAAGACGGCACACGGGCACAGUGUUGGCAGAUUCGCCUGCGGGAGACCGAAGCGAAAGAGCGAGGGUUAGAUAUGUGAAAAACAUUUGUCCGUUUACGGUUUUUAAUAAUGGAGAACUCAUCUAAAGAAGAGUACAAGAUCCAGUCGUUUGAUUUGGAGACACAGAAACUCCUCAAAACUGCCUUGAAAGAUCCAGGUUCAGUUGACCUGGAGAAAGUGUCCAAUGUAAUAGUGGACCAGUCUCUGAAGGACCAGAACUUCAGCAGAGAGGCCGGACGCAUCUGUUACACGAUUGUCCAGGCAGAGGCCAAGCAGACCAACGGGAAUGUGUUUCGGCGUAAUCUUCUGAACCGACUGCAGCAGGAAUUUAAAGCCAGAGAGGAGACGCGGAAGAGAUCCACUCAGGAGUGGGUUUGUCUCGUGUCCUUCAUCUGCAACAUCUUUGACUACCUCAAGGUGAACAACAUGCCCAUGAUGGCCCUUGUGCACCCCGUCUAUGACUGUUUGUUCAGACUGGCCCAGUCCGAUGCCCUGCAGAAUGAGGAGGAGGUGGACUGUCUGGUGUUACAGUUGCACCGAAUCGGAGAUCAGCUGGAGAAGAUGAACAUGCAGCUCAUGGAUGAGCUGUUCAAUCUGCUGAGGGAUGGAUUCCUCCUGCAGGAGGACCUGAGCUCCAUGGGCCGCCUGCUCCUGCUCGAGAUCCUUGAGUUUCGUGCAGGAGGCUGGACUCUCAGCGAAACGGCUCAGAAAUACUACUACAGUGAAGUGACGGACUGA